AUGAUCAGUAUCCAACAUGCCUGUCUUCCAUCGGUUUUAGCAUACGCAGCGGCUACAACUUUGCCUCCGUCGCCCACUGACUCACCUACCGCUUGCGGCACGCCCUCUUCGCCACUGCUAGGCCUCAACCUGUCGACACCGCUCCCCUCGACGUCUGCCGACCAGACUGCCGUCGCGGGGCCGCGCCAUGGCCCCAAACCGCUGCCUGCGUCGGAAUCGCCAAGUGGCUCUGCUGCCGGCCUCGCCCAACUUAACCCUCAAACGGUCUAUCCGUCGACCAGGACGGACAAGGUGGGUGUAGAUGCUCCCUCGAACUCUCCUUUGGAGUCACGCAGCCACCCCAAAGUGUCUUUCGUCCAAUUUUCGCGUCAGUUUCAGCUCCAGCGGCACCAGACCGUACAGAGACGGGCCGUAUUGCGCCGCCUUUGGGACCUUCGCGUGGCUGUCGCCCUGUCUGUUCGCUUGCUUCGUGUCGCUGCCACCGUGCAAAAGGGGCUAGUCGAGAAUUUCAAACAGGGAGAUAAAUCCGGGUUUAUCUCCAUCUACAAUACUAUUCAUGAUAUUCGUGAUUUGUGUGAUUCGUUUGCCAGGCAUCAUGCUCAGAGCCAUGACGACUUGUCCGCCGUUGCUGUUGACUCUCCGACGAGAACAUACCCCUCUACUUUCACCCACCGCCUCACUUCAAGGUCCCGGGAUGAUCUUCUUAAUAUCCUUACCCGCGUCCGAACGGACUCCGAUUUUCUGUUCCAAUGCAUUGGGAGUUUGACUCCAGCCCAGCUUUCAGCUCUAGUUUCUCCUGCCCACACCGUGAAUGUUGGUGACGUUUCCUCUCCUCUUGGCUUUCGAAACAGGCCUGCCUCGCUUUUCGCGCGACGGGCAGGGUCUCAUUCCACUGCGUUCAAAGAGCAUGCUUUCGCAUUUGAGCGCACCGAUCCUCUUUCUGCUUUGCUUUUCAACGUCUUUGCCGCUCCUCUGGCGUCGAAUUCUCCCGAGGCCCAGUUGCGUCUGGAUGUUUGGUCGUCAACCUGUGCAAAAUUAAUCUCCUACGGCGGGAGUAGCCACUACUCCUUCAUUGGUCAAAUCCUGUCCCUAUGGUCUGGCGCCACAGAAUGGAAGGCCAAGCCAAAAUUUGAGAUUUACUUGAUGGAUAUCCUUCAGAAGGGCGCCUUUCUUCUGGGGAACCUCGAUAGCCGUAGAUUGGGUUCGGAAACUGAUUCCUCUGACCUAUUCAAGACGGAUCUCGCUGAGCACUUUUUUCAAUCUGCCAUCCACGAUUUGUUUGUAGUUCUUGAUGAUUGCGAUGCUGGUUUGCCCGUUGGCGCGAUCGAGUUGGGAAACGCCAUUCUCCAAAAAAUUACCACUCCUGAUUCACGAAAAAGAUUCCUGGACUUCUUGUUUUUUCAAUGGUUUUUCCGCAAGUUUUUGCCCAAUGCAUUGUGCUACCCGGAGUCGCAUGGACUGUUACUCGAUUUUCAUAUCACAAAAGAUGCCAGAGACAGAAUUUUGGCCCAAAUCUCUCAUCGGUCCCAGGUCUACGUAUCCCGUAUAUUACACACACAACCCCAAUUUACCCUUGCGCUCCCUGAUAUUAAACUUCGUAUAGAAAAUAUGCUAUCACGCUUCAACCACUCAGUUUUCACACCUCCCAGCGAUGGAAAAUAUUAUACUGCUGCUUCAAAUUGUUCCUCCAGUUGCGAUGAGCCGGAGAAUCUACUAACCCUGUCUUCGGCUGAUAUCACCACGAUACUAGAUGUUCUUUUCCCAAGACCCGUACAGCCUUCGAAUGUGCUUGAUCCUUUUCAACAUCUCUCUGUGCCGUCUUCCCCGCCCAACAGUGUCUCACCUCGUAAUGAUUACCGCGGGUUCGAACCGGGUCUUUUUCAAGGGAGAGUUGACACGGUUUCUUCUCACUCGCUAACCGCGAAAACCGCGUUCACAACUGAAAUGAGCUUCCAUGAGCCUACAACAUCAUAUUUCACGCCACCAAGCAGUACUGCAAGUCCGAUCUCCCCGCAGGAGUCUCUAUCUCGUAAUGCAGACCGCAUUCGCUAUGAACUUUCGGAGAUCAAUGAGUCUGAGGAUCGCCAUUCACUAGUGAGUCCUGCCAGCGAGGAUUGGGCAUUGGUUUCCAUUUCCAAUGAUGGACGGAAACUGCAUUUCCUCGAGGACAACCCCGCGUCUACCGACAAAGCCAUUAGUCCUUCCACGAAACUCUCUGAUAAAGACCACAGCAUAUUACAAACUGCAAUCUUUCAUCUCAUCGAUGACAGUGACUUGUCUUCUGACACAAUAUCCAUGGAAAGCCUCUCAGCUGUGCGACCCAAUCCAGAACGAGAGUCAGCGCUAAAACGUCGUUUUAUUGAUGCCAUGACUUACUGUCAGCGCCAGUCCGAUUUUACUACUGCAUUGUAUUGGUGGGAUGCGUGUCGCGUGCUGCGAAAUGUCGAUGGGGGAAAGCCAACGUCCUCCACAGACGACAAGAUCCUCAGCCCGAUGUAUCUAGCUGCAAAGCAUUCCACGGAUGCUGACACAUCAACUAUCCAGCAGUGCUCCCAAAAAAUGAUAGGACUGCAGCAGACAUUGAGGCAUCUUCAAAACCAAGUCAAAGCGUCAAUGGGUAGUUUGCGGAGGUUAAGGAAUAAAAUGUGGUACAUGACGGACGUGAAGAAUUCGCUGCGGUAUGAAGAUGCUAGGAAUGUGGCGCUUGCCUUGAAGUCAAUGAUGGGCUUCCAGGCCGCCCCAGAGCCCAAACCAGGCAAUGGAAUGCGAUCUCUCAGUGGAUCUUUCCUUCAAAAACCCGAAGUUCACGUCAUGAAUGUGAUGAAAGCUUCAGGGAGCCAAGGUGGGCCCACUAAAUUAUCCGACGAGCAAGUUGAUAUCACCAGAAGAUGGCUCCACCGGUCAGGAAUCGACAAUUUUUGCAGAGGCGAAGAAAGGAUACAUCGGUUUUGUUAUGAGGUAAAGACGAGCGUGAGCAAACUCGUUGGCGAAACCAUGUACGACAGCCCUGUUUUGUGGGCAAGUGAGCUAUAUCAAAAAGAGCGUUCGAUGUUUGAGGGACCCUCGACGCGCCCCCUCACAGCAGUCAGCGGGGGGAUGAAUAUUCGACCCUCCAGCAUUGCAAGUGACGAGAGCCUGUACCCUUAUCCAGCCCAGGGCAAUGGAAGUCGAACCAUAGAUUCACUUUUCCGUGGACCAAGCUAUGCUCCAUCACUGGAACAUAAAUUGUCCUACCAGAGCAUCAAUUCAGAAAGAUGCAGAACCAGUGGUGCGGACACGUCGUCCAUGGAUGACUCUCCUGGACGAGCAACUUCAACUGUGGAAUCCUACCAGGCUUUUUGGUCUCCUCCCCACACCCAAGCUCAGUCGACUACGAGCAUAUCUAGUUUCCAAUCCCGGCCGGGGUCGACAAUCAGCGACGUCUUGACCACACGGAAAUUAGAACGCAGCCCGCCAGGCAAGGCUGCAUUCUUGGAUGAAUUGAAACAAACGCUAACCAGCUUGCUGCUGAGUGAUCUUGGCUCUCCCGUCUGGAGCUGUGGAAGCGAAACCGAUGCGUGGUUCUCAGAUUAUCUGAGCCAGCCUCGUAUAAGCAGCCAGGUCGCGAAUCGAGAGAUGCAAGGCCGAUUCUUCGCUGAAUUAUCUGCUCCAGUUGAUCCCUGCACCAACGAGACCCAUUUCACUCUUCCUGGAAAAGGGUUGCGACGUUGUCGAUCUGCGGUUGCACUGUCCUCAAAGUAUCGAGAAGCAAGUAACUCACUUGUGAAGAACAAAGAGCCUGAAAAAUCGGACCAGAAUUCUGACUUUGAGUAUGAUAUGGCCUUCCGACAGCUGAUGGACAAAUUUUCAAGACCUGCCAAUCCCUUCACAAAGCUCAAGGCCUUGAAUGACCUUCGCGCUCUUGUUGUAGCGUCUUUGAUGUCUGUUGGCCGUGAUAGCGAACCAGGAAAUGGGAAAGAGCCUGCUAUAAUAUCUAAUAAUAUGCGGCAUCAAAGGAAUAGUGUCUCUGGAAGAUCGAAACCCCUUGACAAAUUUGACGAUCAGACUCCAACACCAUCUUCACCCGCUCCGGCUUUCAACGAUAUUUUUGACGAUCCGUCAUUGGAUUUGCAGCCAACUGACGGCCAGAUUAUCCGUGCUCUACGAAACAUAAUUCAGAGAUAUCGACCAAAGACCUUGUUCCGCGAUUUACAGUUCAUUGCAGCGUUUGUUCCCUCAGAGGUGCUGAAUAAAUUAGAUGCGGGCACGGCCUUUUUACAAUUUGGCCUAGCUGCCUUCGAGCUGAAGGACGAUGUAUGUCACAGUAUGGUUGAAAUUGCAGACAAGAUCGUUUCGCAGGAACUCUCCAAACGACAACGCCAUUCCAAUUCUCCUUCGCACCUUGGCAGUGGCAUUGAGGACGCUGCCAAGAUGUGGGUUACCACUGCGAAGGAAGGCAAUGCGGUCGCGCAGCGAGAACUCGCGAUCUUAUACCUCACUCACCCGGAAAUACUUCCCCGGGCUACACUCCCUCUUACAAUGCCUCGCGAUACAUUCAAAGCGGAGAUGAUGUAUCGACGAGACCUGGACUCCAAGUCCGAUCCUCAAAGCAUGUGCCUUGCCCUGCACUGGAUGCAGUUGUCUGCCGCCGGCGGUGACAAGCUAGCACAGAACCGAUUGCGCGAACGUGACGAGUUUGAAUCUCUAGCAUGA